AAAGCCACCUAUAACCUGUUUCACGACCUCUGCGUGGGUCUUUAUGGCACCCACUAGUACUCAGAACGAAGACGCAUACUACUCCACUGCAUUGAGUCAGAUCCAGGACAGGCCGUUCCGUCCACCUACGUAUACAGCAGAAGCCCGGGAUGUUCAGCGGCGCCAGGUCGAUAUACCCCCUCCUGCUACGCACAAGCCAUCAGAUGAGGAUUUGUAUAAGUGUGACGUUCACCCUGGCGCGCAUUUACCAAACAUCAACCUGCUGAGGCACCACUUCUUGAACGAAGGCCGCCUUACGGAGCAGCAGGCACUCUUCAUUCUGGAGCAGACAACCACAUUGCUAAGUCACGAACCGAAUGUGUUGCACGUUGAUGGCCCAGUGACGAUCUGUGGAGAUAUCCACGGCCAAUAUUACGACCUGAUGAAGAUCUUUGAGGUCGGCGGAUCCUUGACUGAGAAUAAUUAUCUCUUCCUCGGGGAUUAUGUUGAUCGUGGAUAUUUCUCAAUUGAGUGCCUGCUCUAUCUCUACGCACUCAAGCUAUCGUAUUCGGACAAGCUCUUUCUGCUUCGAGGGAACCACGAGUGCCGACACUUGACAGAAUACUUCACCUUCAAGUCCGAAUGCCUGCACAAGUACUCAGAGACGGUGUACGACGCUUGCAUCCGCUCCUUUCAAGCACUUCCCGUGGCCGCUCUGAUUGAGGGGAAAUUCUUCUGCGUACAUGGUGGUAUCUCGCCGGAGCUGAUGCAGCUUCAAGACCUGGAGAAGAUGAACCGCUUCGUGGAGCCUGCGUCUGUCGGACUGCUGUGCGAUCUGUUGUGGGCCGAUCCCAUCCCGAACUAUGGACACGAGCAAGAUCACACGCGCGAGCACCCUCAGGGGCUGCCUCCUGGCCACCUGUUCGAACCUAAUCUCACUCGGGGAUGCAGCUACUUCUACACAUACGAGGCGGCCUGCCAGUUUCUGGAUAGGAAUAACCUACUGGGCAUCUUCCGCGGUCAUGAAGCUCAAGACGCUGGCUAUACGAUGCACCGCAAGACAGGAACGAAGAAAUUUCCUUCGGUCAUCACUGUCUUCAGCGCACCGAACUACCUCGAUGCCUAUCGCAACCGCGGUGCGGUGGUACGGUAUAAGAACAAGAACAUUGUGAUCCGGCAGUAUAACGCGUCGCCGCACCCCUACUGGCUUCCCAACUUCAAGGACGCGUUUACGUGGUCACUGCCGUUUGUCGGCGCGAAGAUCACGGAAAUGCUUUUGGCGAUCUUGUCCGUCUGCUCUGAGGCCGAACUCGAGGAGGGUUCGCACACUUCGGAGGAGGACGAUGCCCAGACGAAGGAGCAGCAUGUGCACCCCAGUGAACGAAGGCAGGAGAUCAAAAAUAAGAUUCUCGCAGUUGGGAAGAUGCAGAGGAUCUUUACAAUAUUGCGGAAAGAAGCGGAGAAUGCGACGGAGCUCAGCCCCACAGCGCCUACAUCCACCACAGCCCCCACACCAUGGCCUGGAGGAUUCGCCGUAUCCACGCCCGAUUCUGACGCGCUCAGCGUUCAGACGACUCAGCUGCGCAAGUACAUCCGCUCCUUUGACGAUGCGCGGCGCUCCGACCUCGCCAACGAGCGGCUGCCGCAAUAUCCAUCGGCGACGAGCCCACUCGUGCCUGCGCCGAGCAUGCGCCUCCUCGGUCUGGCCGGCGACGAACCUGGUAGUGCAAAUCAGCUUAGCUUACACGCGUUGAUCCGCAGGGCACUCCAGGAGGAGGGAAUGGAGGACGAUGGCAUGGUGGAGCGCCUGGCGGAGAAGAUUGCGAACUCGAAAGAGGUGAGCGUCAGGCCGAGAGCAUUGAAAAGGAUUGAGACUGCGCCAUGAGGCAGGAUGGACGGCUUGCGUACCGAUGGAUUGACUUGAGUUACGUACUACGUGGGUGUGGAUGGCUUUAUGCAUACUGCCCGUAUUUAUACCCUCCUGAGUCCUGACUGUUGUCUGUAUUUUAUUGUGUACUAGCAGUCGUAGCUUGUGGACCCGAAUGAAAAGGACAAUGCAACAUUGUUCUGCGAUACAUAACGACA